AUGCGCCAAGCAGAUCGCGGAAAUAGCCGAGUAUUUGACGGAAACAGCCGAGCGGACAUCAAGGAGCACGUGAAGCAGCUGGAGAAGGCCGUGUCGGGCAAGGAGCCGCGCUACGUGCUGCGCGCCCUGCGCGCGCUGCCCUCCACCUCGCGCCGCCUCAACGCCAACGUGCUGCACAAGGCCGUGCACGGCUUCUUCACCUCCAACGGCGCCGCGCGCGACUUCCUGCUCGGCUUCCUGGAGGAGUCCAUGGACACGGAAGCGGAGCUGCAGUUCCGCCCGCGCACGGGGAAGGCGGCGGCGGCCCCUCUGCUGCCCGAGGUGGAGACCUACCUGCAGCUGCUGCUCGUCAUCCACCUGAUGAACAGCAAGCGCUACGCCGAGGCCCAGAAAGUGUCUGACGACCUGAUGCAGAAGAUCAGCUCGCAGAACCGCCGCGCCCUCGACCUGGUGGUGGCCAAGUGCUACUAUUACCACUCGCGCGUCUACGAGUUCCUGAACAAACUCGACGUGGUCAGGAGCUUCCUGCACGCGCGGCUGCGCACGGCCACGCUGCGCCACGACGCCGACGGGCAGGCCACGCUGCUCAACCUGCUGCUGAGGAACUACCUGCACUACAACCUCUACGACCAGGCGGAGAAGCUCGUCUCCAAGUCGGUGUUUCCCGAGCAGGCCAACAACAACGAGUGGGCCCGGUACCUCUACUACACGGGGCGCAUCAAGGCCAUUCAGCUGGAGUACUCGGAGGCGCGGAGGACCAUGACGAACGCCCUGCGCAAGGCGCCGCAGCACACGGCCGUGGGCUUCAAGCAGACGGUGCACAAGCUGCUCAUCGUGGUGGAGCUGCUGCUGGGCGAGAUCCCCGACCGGCUGCAGUUCAGGCAGCCCUCGCUCAAGCGCUCGCUCAUGCCCUACUUCCUGCUGACCCAGGCCGUCAGGACUGGGAACCUGGCCAAGUUCAACCAGGUCCUCGAUCAGUUUGGGGACAAGUUCCAGGCCGACGGCACCUACACGCUGAUCAUCCGCCUGAGGCACAACGUCAUCAAGACGGGGGUGCGGAUGAUCAGCCUCUCCUACUCCCGCAUCUCCCUGGCUGAUAUUGCCCAGAAGCUGCAGCUGGACAGCCCCGAGGACGCCGAGUUCAUCGUAGCCAAGGCCAUCCGCGACGGCGUCAUCGAGGCCAGCAUCAACCACGAGAAGGGAUACGUGCAGUCCAAGGAAAUGAUCGACAUCUACUCGACGCGGGAGCCCCAGCUGGCCUUCCACCAGCGCAUCUCCUUCUGCCUCGACAUCCACAACAUGUCGGUGAAGGCCAUGAGGUUUCCACCCAAAUCGUACAACAAGGACUUGGAAUCUGCAGAGGAGCGCCGGGAGCGCGAGCAGCAGGACCUGGAGUUUGCCAAGGAGAUGGCGGAGGACGACGACGACGGUUUCCCGUGACCCUCGGGCCCUGCUUUUUUUAUUGGUCCCGAGGGAAGAUGCUGUCCCGAGCGGAGCCGCCCUGCCCGGCCCCC